ACCUCUGUCCCUUUAAAUCGGUUAUUCGUUUGCCGACGUAUAUUUUCUCACAGUAAUAACGGCAUUGAUGCAGACCAUGUCGUCUCGGAGCAACACCGCAGCACUCGUUCUCUGAACAAAAUGGCCAUAUUAACGCCUUUGUUCGCGUUUCUGUAUCAUUUGCCACAGGUUUACAAAUGGCUGUUAAAACCGUACUACAUAGCCUCGUUGUUCAUGUCUCUUGCGUUUCUGGCCAUUCGCAAGACGCCUGGGAUUUGUGAACAUCUUUCGACGCAACGCGAGGAUGGCAAUUCGUGCGAUUUUGACUGGAGAGAGGUGGAGAUACUGAUGUUUCUUAGCGCUAUAGUCAUGAUGAAGAACAGAAGAGCAAUUACCGUCGAGCAGCAUCUGGGCAAUAUUAUCCUCUUCUCUAAAGUGGCCAAUGUGAUUCUGUUCUUUAGACUGGAUAUACGUCUGGGACUACUUUACUUGACACUGUGCAUUGUAUUCCUGAUGACCUGCAAACCUCCACUCUACAUGGGCCCAGAGUACAUCAAGUACUUCAGUGAUAAAACCAUCGACGAGGAGUUGGAGAAGGACCACAGAGUGACCUGGAUUGUGGAGUUUUUUGCUAACUGGUCACCAGAAUGUCAGUCUUUCGCCUCGGUCUUUGCCGAUCUAUCACUGAAGUACAACUGUGAAGGGCUGAAAUUUGGAAAAGUGGAUAUUGGCCGCUAUGGGGAAGUAUCUAAGAAGUAUAAGGUCAGCACAUCUCCCCUAUCAAAGCAGUUGCCUUCCCUGGUGCUCUUUCAGGGAGGAAAGGAAGUCAUGAGGCGCCCUCAAGUGGACAAGAAGGGAAGGGCAGUGUCAUGGACUUUUACAGAGGAAAACAUCAUCCGAGAGUUUAACCUCAACGAGCUGUAUCAGAAGUCAAAGAAACUCGGUAAGAGCAAAGGAGAGAAGAGUGAGCAGCUCGCUGAACCAGCGGUCUCCCCUGUGCCUGAAGAGGAAGAACCAGAGGCCGAAACCAUCAGCGCGAUGGACACAGAAAGCAAAAAGGACAAAUAGAAUGUGCAUGUGCUACUAAAGACCGCUGUGAUGUCAGAAUGGGACUGGAUGAUAUUUUGAUAAUGCUCAGUGCGUAGAGAGUUUUUACAUCGUUGAACAAAUGGAAUGACUGUAUUUUCUGUUUAACAUAUAGAUCCUAAUUUAUUAGUUCAAUCAGUCUAAUAGUAUAGUCAAUUAUAAUACACAUUAAAAAAAUCAUAAUCGCAAAUACUGGACUGGUAUACUCUGAUGUCCAUCAUUCAUGAGUUGAACAGGGCAUUGAUGAUUCUCUGAUUCUCUGUCAACUGAGUUUGACAUGAAUUAAGUUAAACAUAAUUAAACAGUCAGACACCAUUUUUAGUUUUUACUAAUUUUUAGUAAGAGGUUAUGUGUUGCAAGUGCAUCACAACUGGGGUGUCAGUUCUUUUUACUAUUAUUAUAACAUUCCUUUUUUAAUCAUAAGUCACUCCAGUUUUUCCCUUUUUGUUGUGUCUUCUACUAAUUUUCAAAGACAUAUGUUGCCGUGUUUUAUAGUGCUAACUACAUGGUUUCUGUAACAUUAAAAGGGACAGUUUUUCAGUGUAUGCCAACAAUGUUGUGAAAACAUUUCACAGUGUGUGUAACGUUUCCAAAUUAUUGCUAUUAAUACUACAUCCACACAUGGGUUUUUCAGUUAUUUUCAGACUGAAUACUGCUGUACAUGUCUUAAAUAUUUGUAUUUCCUAUUAUUCAUUUUAUUUGCGCUAAUGUCUUUUUACAUGUCAUUUUUAUUUUAAACGAAGGCAUGGAAGAAAGCUGCAGGCAGUGUUUAUUUUAACCUACAGCAUUUACUUUCACAUUGAAUGCUAGUAUUGUCAAUAUCUUAAUGCAGAAUCUGGUCAUAAAUUGACCCGCAGAAAAAGAGCAAUAUUGUUUUUGUGUCAUGUUUUAAAAAUAAGUUGGUUUUCACUAAUGCUUGUCAAUGAAUUGAUUGUCUGGAAGAAGUGCUUUGAGUGGUUCUGGAUGGAUUUUUUGUCAUUCAAAUAAAACACUGUUCAGCAUCUUGUUUUACAAUUGUUUUAGCUAAUGAAAUUCAUCUAGUGGCUUUAAAUUCAGUCUUUGUAGAAUAGCCAAUAUGUUAAAAGAUUUCUUCAAAGGCUGAAUGCAGCGCAUCUAAAUAUUACAUGUGCAGUUAGUGAGAUUUUGACUUAUGAAUAUAACAAAUUUGAACACUUUAUCCACACAAUGAAUGCCAUUGUUUCAGAUAACAAAUGAUAAGAGAACCGGUCCCAGUGGGUGUAGUCGGUGUUUUAAAAAAUCCCCUUAAAGUUAACACAACACUGGUUUUCAAUAAAAACGAAACAAAAUAUUAUUUGUUUUGAGCGUUAUAGACAGUUUAUUUUGACGCGUGCGCGCCUGACCCCCAGUUAUCUUCCGGUUUGUGUUUGGCUAGUGUCUAAUAAUAUAACUUUAUAUUUUAUUUAAUGUAUGUUAAUAUUAACUUGCAUUGUUUUUUUACUGUAUAAUAAUGGUAUUAAAUAAA